AUGAGAAAUUGGGGCCCUGAUUUUUGUAGUGUGACUCUCGUGGUGAAGAAGAAAGGGAUUCCUGACUUGACCAUGGUUGACCUUCCUGGGAUCACCAGAGUCCCCGUUCACGGCCAGCCAGAAAAUAUAUACGAUCAAAUCAAAGAUAUCAUAAUGGAAUAUAUAAAACCAGAAGAGAGUAUCAUACUCAAUGUGUUGUCUGCAACGGUUGACUUUCCCACGUGUGAGUCGAUUCGAAUGUCACAGAGCGUUGACAAAACCGGAGAGAGGACUCUAGCCGUAGUCACCAAGUCAGAUAAGUCACCCGAAGGGCUCAAGGAAAAGGUAACUGCUGAUGAUGUGCAUAUAGGGCUUGGUUAUGUCUGUGUUAGGAACAGGGUCGGCAAUGAGUCGUAUGAAGAUGCUCGAGUAGCGGAAGCUAAGCUUUUCGAGUCUCAUCCUUUGCUUUCCAAGAUUGAUAAAUCGAUCGUUGGGAUCCCUGUUUUGGCUCAGAAGCUUAUGGAGAUUCAAGCCAGGAGUAUAGCUCGAAACUUAACUGACAUUGUCAAGAAGAUCAAUGAUAAGUUGAGCCAUAAUAUUUCCGAGUUCAAAACACUCCCCAAGGCCAUGUCUUCCAUGGCUGAAGCCAUGAGUGCUUUCACGAGGGUCAUUGGGCAAGUCAAAGAGUCACUAAGGAAAAUUCUGUUGAGAGGAGAAUUUGACGAGUACCCAAAUGAUAAGAAGAUGCAUUGUAAAGCUCGGUUGGUUGAGAUUCUUAAUGACUUUUUCUGUGAUCUUAAAGAAUGUCCUCAGAGCAAUCCAACUCGUGAUUUUUUGAUGGAUGAGAUCAAGUACUUGGAAGAAGCCAAAGAGAUUUCUCUUCCCAACUUCUUUUCCCGGACUAUAUUUCUCUCUAUAUUACAAGAAAAGGUCAAUGGGAUUUCGAGUAUUCCCACAGAUUUUGUGGAAACGCUGUGGAGCUACAUAGAGGAGGUGGUGAUGACUGUUCUGAUGAGCCAUGUCCAAAACUAUUACCAGCUUCAACUCUCAGCCAAAAGAGCAGGGCUUAAUCUGAUAGAGAAGAUGAAAGAGAACUCUAUGAAGUGGGUUUCGGAGAUUGUGGAGAUGGAGAAAUUGACUGAUUAUACUUGUAACUUGGAGUUCGAAAUUGAAUAUAAGAAGCUCAUGGCUCAAAAAGAUGCAUUCACGAGAAAUGUUUAUUCCUGCAAUUCUAUGAACAUUGAAGGUCUUGGCUUGGUUGACUUGGUGAAUCCAAGCAAGUCUCCACAUCUAUUACCUCAAGCUUUUGACUUGAGGAUGAAAAUGGUGGCUUACUGGAAUAUUGUGCUGACAAGGUUUGUUGACUCCAUGGCUCUGCAUUUGCAGCUGAGUGUUCACAAGCUGGUGAAUGACCACUUGGAAAGAGAGCUUGUAGCCCAAAUGAUGGCUCCUGAUGGAAAUGGGCUGGAGAAAAUGAUGGAUGAGUCGCCAUUGGUUGCCACUAAGCGCGCCAAGCUGGAUGGCAGUAUUAACAAAUUCAAGCAAUGCAAGGAGAUUUUAGCCAAAAUCAUGGACAGAACUGCUACUACUAGUUGUGGUGAAUGAUCACCUUUAGGGGUUUAUCUUU